GUCCGACAAGCGGAUAGAGGAGAGCUGGUGCGCACAAACAGGCUCCACUUUUACGCAUCAGUGCUUUAUGUAGGUGUCAAAGCAGAAGAGAUCCAAUUUUCUUCACGGGAAGGACAAUGUUGCACUUGGAAUUUAUAUAGAUAAUACCAUCAGUGUCUUUAAAAAAAAUACAGUAUAUAUACCUAUUUCAGUUUUAAGCGCCAUCCAGAGUGAAGCAUACAUCACCGGAGAGGGUGUGCGUGUGGAACAAGUGAACACAGAAAAGUUUCCGUCAUGGGAGCGCAUGGAUGGAGCUCAGCGCGUCUUGGGUUUGUCGUUUUUGGAUAUUUAGCGUUUUUCUGCGGGGUGAUUGUUCCACAGGCUGAAGCGGGCUGCAGGGAGAGGGACAACCCAAACUGCUGCACCGGCCGAAACAACGAAUGUUUUGAAUACACCAAGAGAAAAACAGUGUGCUACUGUGAUACCUACUGUCAGAAAACUGGAGAUUGCUGCGAGGAUUAUCAGCGUGUGUGCCAAAUAUCUGCAGCCAUUGACUGUGUGGUGGGAUCAUGGGGUCCCUGGUCAUCAUGCACGUCUCCGUGUGGGGUCGGCAGCACCGAAAGGAGUCGCCAAGUGUCUGUUCCUCCAAGAAACGGAGGUACGCCCUGUCCUGACCUCAAACAGCGUCGAGGAUGCUUUGGAAACAACGCAAUAUGCAGCACUGCGAAAGAGGUGGCAAAGAUCCUUCCUGAUUCUUUCAAGAGGAACUUCAAGGACCCUUGGAGGCGACCACACAUGCUGAUGAAGGAGGAGAAGGCCAGUUACUGUGUGUACCUGCGGAUGAAACAGGCCAGUGCAGCGUGUAAGCUCAAACUGUGGAGUGCUCAGCUGGUGAGAGAAAGGCUGGUCUGUGCAGAGUGUCAGAGUGAUGCCAUGUCAAAAUCAGACCGCUGUGGAGGAGACGGCCUGGAGAGCACCAGAACGUUCUGGGCAGCAGCUUCAGUCCCGGGCUGUCAUGGUUCCUGGGUGCGGGAGUCUUCUUCUGAAGGCUGCCGAUGUCCUCCCUACUCUGUGCUCUUUGUGUGAGCCGCCACACAACCACCAGAUAUCUGUAUGCAGGGACGAGAUUGCCCUCAACAACUCCUGCUAAACUGCCAGCCAAGUCAGACCCUUCCGAUCCAAAUUACUGGAUGGGUAACUCAAGGAGAUCAGCAGCAUCCUGCCACUUUUUCCUUUCACCUCAUACUCAGUACUGUAUACACUAUUAAUAAGCACACAGAAAUUCUUGCAUUUAACUUCAGAAUUUACAGCCACGUUAUGUACUUUUUCUCCUCCAAAGCACAGCAACAUCUAUAUGCCUUUUUACCUCUGAAUCUUUGCUAUCUACCUCCAUCAAUGCAAGUGCAUUUGAUAAUGCAUAAUGUAUAAAUAUAUAAAUAUAUUAUUUUGCUUUAUACAUUUUCUACUUUUGAUUGUUAUGUGUAAUGCAUUUGUGUCUAUAUAGCUACACUUUUUUGUAUCCAACAGUUUAACACCAAACAGCAGUUGCUGCACCCAGUUUAAGCCCCAAUCCAAAGGGUCCUAAAUCACCAGUGGGUUGGAGAUGCUAAAAAACUGGUCCAUCCAAAUUGUACCCAUUGCUAGAAUCCCUGAGUCAAAAAUAUUUAUGUCUUACAGUUUUGUCCUCAUUAAGAUUUCUUCUCAUCUAAAACAUUUUACCAGCAAGUCAAGUCAAAUAUCAGGUAUGAUCAGUUGAUUCUCAGGUGCUUAGAUUUGUGUCUUUGUGCAUUAAGGUCCCUCUUUCAUGUCUGCCCCUUCUGAUGGUCAGUCACUGAUUGUUUUAGUAGUUUAAAGUGACUCAUAUCUAAAAUAUAUCCCAUCUGUUUAGAGCUAAUAUUGUUGGAGAGGAAAGAGCCAUUUAAGAGAAUUUCAGUGUGGUUCUCUAUGUCCUCUGUGUCCAAGACAAGGAAUUUCCUCAUAACUAUGUUUUCUCUUACUCCCUGCUGAGAAAUCCUGUUACCUUGACAAGGGAGUUUUAUCAGCAAAGUAUCAUCCAAUAUAACCAUCGCAGGCAGCCAUGUUACUCCCAUUUUAUUAAUUAACUGAACCUCCUCCCAGCACUCCCCUGAGCUUCUUGGAAAGAUAUGUGUCUGCCCUCUGACCGGCACUUCUUUCUCCUCUCUCUCUCUCUGUCUAUGUGUUUUCUUUAGAAGAAACACCAGAUUAACUACAGUGUUACAUUCUUGACUUAAACAACAGGCUCAUUUUAUGCCUUCCUACAUCUUUCAUACUGCUGGUUUAAGAAGAGGACAAUUGUACCAGAAAAUGUCUUUUCUUUGUGGAAAGCUGUGACUUUCUCUUUCUCUCCCCCUGUCUGUGUCUGUGUUUGUGUGUUUAUUUAUUAUAAAACAAGUGAUGAUUUUAUUAGUGCAGCACGGCAUACUCUGUACACUGUCCAUUAGUGAAAAUAAACAACUAUACAGUCA